UUUCAGUACACAUUUCCUUUCCACUUUCCUUCAUAAAACAACAUUUUCCUUCCAAUUUUCUUAACCUCCUAAUUCCCUUCCCCUCCCCUCCAUUUUCCUCUCUUCCUUCGGAAACAGGGGGUGAGGGUCACUGACAUUAAGCCUUUGCUCUCUCUCUCUCUCUGGUGUGACGAUGGCGAUUUGGUAUUAUUUCAGCACGGAUGGUGAGCUGCGAAGCAGUGAAGAAGCAUUUGGAGGACUCGGUUUUCCCCAAGCUGGGAGAGAAGUCGUUCUCGAUAAUGUAUUUCCACGCAGGAGGUCAAUGGAACGAGAAUUUUCCUGGAAUCUCUGCCCUCCGAUCAUCUACGACGCCGUUCCGGAUCUCCUGAAGGAGAAUCUGCAGGCGUUGUACUUCGUGCAUCCUGGACUUCAAGUCAGGCUCUUCCUCGCCACCUUCGGUCGUUUCCUUUUCACCGGCAGAUUAUACAGGAAGGUGAAGUACGUUAGCAGGCUGGAGUUUGUGUGGGAGUACGUAAGGGAGAAAUUUAGGUGCCAGAGUUCGUGAAGGAUCACAAGGACGAACUGGAGUACCGGCCGCUGACGACGCUGGAUUACGGCAUGGAGAGCGAUUUCCCCAGGCCGUACUGCGCCGGAGCUAACAUGGACAACCACAUGGCUUUGUACUCCAUGUGUUGUAUUUCCUAGUGUUUAUGUGCAGAAGCUUCAAAACACUGUUGUGUGUAUAUAAAAAAGUGUGUUAGGACUUUAGGAAAGAGGGCCUUUCCUGCGCAGCUUAUGUGGAAGCGGAGAAGACCCCCCUUCCAGAGAGGUUCGAGCCAUCAGUGAGAUACCACUCUGAAAAAGCUAGAAUUCUAAUCUUGUGUUAAAACCUACAGGCCAAGAGACAAUCUCACAGGUAAACAAUUUCUAUGGAGCAUAUCCAGUUCCUAUAGAAUCUAUCAAUAAAAUACCACGAAAUUUGUGAAUAAGUGACUGUAUGAUAA